AUGGCCUCAUUUUCGAUAGGACUCAAUGGAAAACCACACGGGUUCUUUGCUGGAGCAAGAGGACUACGACAGGGUGAUCCUCUAUGUCCAUACCUUUUCGUGCUGGUUAUGGAAGUUCUGCACUUAGGAUUCCUACAGCUUAUUGAACAAGAUUUGCAGUUUUCCUUUCACUGGAAGUGUGAGCCUGCAAGGGUCUUUCAACUGGGAUUUGCAGACGACAUACUUCUUUUCUGCAAAGCUGAUAUAGACUCAAUCAGAGUUUUCAAAGUGGGACUUGAUCGUUUCGCAAAGUGGUCGGGUCUCCGGUUGAAUGUGCAAAAAAGUCACUUAAUUAUCUCCCGAUCCGCUCAAGAAUGGAAAGAUCAGAUGUUGGCGGUCUUGGGCUUUCAAGAAGGGCACCUCCCGAUAAGGUACCUGGGUCUUCCUCUGAUUUCAUCUAGAUUGACUAUUGCUGACUUUAUACUUCCUAAGAAAAUUAUGAAGGAAAUUGAGAAGAGGAUGAGAAACUUCCUAUGGAAAGGCACUACGACUAGUGGCUACGCCAAGGUAGCAUGGAUUGAUGUGUGCAGACCGGUGGAAGAGGGGGGACUUGGAUUCAAGAACAUUACAAGCUUGAACAAGGCAUUAAUGAGUAAAAAGCUUUGUGAUGUUAUCCGAUGUGACCGGACCUCAAUAUGGGUGCAGUGGCUCUACCAUGAUCGGCUACGUGACACAUCUAUUUGGACGAUUCAAGACCACGGAGGCUCUUGGGGAUGGAGGAAAUUACUACGUCUCCGUCCUUUUCUACGCUCUAGUGUGGAUUAUCAGAUUGGAAACGGAGCUACUUUCUAUAUUUGGCAGGACCCAUGGCAUCACCUCGAACCACUCAUUGAGCGAUUUCCACGGGGCCCGAGAUUACUUGGUAUUAACGAAUCGACAAGCUCAGUUAUGUUAUUCCAGAGGGAGAGUGGCAUUGGCCUCCCAUUACAGAUUUUGAGUGUUUGGAGAUCACCCACACCUUGCCACAGAUUUGUGGAGGAGCGGACAGGGUUGUUUGGAGAUUUGACAAAGGACAACCCACAACACAGGCCCUCUACAAAUUAA